AUGAUUGCGUCCCCACUCCAUGACAGAGGUGCCUUCUAUGGACCACGUGUAAAACGAGAUAAUUCUGGAGACUUAGCACGUUUACUGCGAAGCAAAAUUAUUGAACUGUCACGUGUAAAGAGAGGAAAUGAUCUCGAGCUUACACGUGUAAAGCGAGGCGAUGUUCCACAUUUGACACGUGUAAAGCGAGGAGAUGUUCCAGAGCUGACACGUGUAAAGCGAGGAGAUGUUCCAGAACUGACACGUGUAAAGCGUGGUGAUGUUCAAGAGAUGAUACGCGAAAAGCAAGGAGAUAAUCCGGAGAUGACACAACUAAAGCAGGGAGAUGUCCAGGGGCUAGAACGUGUAAAGCGUGGAGAUGUUCAAGAGCUGACACGUGUAAAGCGAGGAGAUGUUCCAAAGCUGGUACGUGUAAAGCGUGAAGAUAUUCCAGGCCUGACACGUGUAAAGCGAGGAGAUGUUCUAGAACUGCCACGUGUAAAGCGAGGAGAUGUUCCAGAACUGACACGCGUAAAGAGAGGAGAUGUUCUAGAGCUGACACGUGUAAAGCGAGAAGAUGUUCCAGAACUGUCACGUGUAAAGCGAGGAGAUGUUCCAGAACUGACACGUGUAAAGCGAGGCGAUCCUCCAGAACUGGUACGUUUAAAGCGUGGAGAUGUUCCAGUGCUGACACGUGUAAAGCGAGGCGAUCAUCCAGAAAUGGUUAGUUUAAAGCGUGGAGAUGUUCCAGAGCUGACACGUGUAAAGCGAGGCGAUCAUCCAGAAAUGGUUAGUUUAAAGCGUGGAGAUGUUCCAGAACUGUCACGUGUAAAGCGAGGCGAUCAUCCAGAAAUGGUUAGUUUAAAGCGUGGAGAUGUUCCAGAGCUGACACGUGUAAAGCGAGGCGAUCAUCCAGAAAUGGUUAGUUUAAAGCGUGGAGAUGUUCCAGAGCUGACACGUGUAAAGCGAGGCGAUCAUCCAGAAAUGGUUAGUUUAAAGCGUGGAGAUGUUCCAGAACUGUCACGUGUAAAGUGA